AUGGUAGCACCUCCAAAGCCCCCACAGACGGAGCAGACAGAGUCUACUCUAGUACCUAUAGAGCAUGGUGAGCUUCCGACAAAGACUAUACCACCUGCCCCUACAUCACCUACUUCAGCACCACUAGUGCCCAUGCCUGAGGCUGUUUCUGCUACUCCCUCUAUGACCCCUACUAUUCCACCUAUUGCUCCUACUGCAUCCGAGCCUUCCAUCACCAUCUCUGCUUCAGAGUUUCACGACCUUAUCCAGCAGCACUUGGGUCUUCUGCCUCCACCGCAGCCUAACCUUCCUGCAUCAUCAGAGCCUUUAGCUCCAAUUGAGGAUACUAUUCCAGCUGAGGAAACUACCACAAUAGAGAUCCAGAUCCCGCCACCUCAGGAGGCCACCACAGAUGCCAUUGCUUCAGUUGAUCCUCAGGAUGAGCCUCAAACAAUUGACACAGUCACAGCUACACCUGAGGAUGCAUCAUCUCCACCUGAGGCUCCCACUACGUGA